AAUGAUUUUAGAUCAGCUGACCUUAAACUAAAAUUUUGUUUAAUUCAAAUUUCUUUUAAAAAUGGGAAGAAGAUUAGAAACCUUGGCAGCUGUAACAUGCUUAAAAACUUUGCUUAUGAUAUUCAAUAUAUUGUUUUGGAUAAGUGGCAUAAUAAUAAUUUGUAUUGGAAUUUGGGCAAAAGUGUCGCUUUAUAUUUAUACACAACUAUCUACAAACAAUUAUGCAUUCACACCUUAUCUUUUAAUUGGUAUUGGAGCACUUAUAAUAUCAGUUGGGACUUUAGGAUGCUGUUGCACUGCAAAGGGGAACACACGAUUUCUCUAUGUUUAUUCCGCGGUUCUUUUGCUAAUAUUUAUUCUCGAAAUGAUAGCCGGGAUCUCCUUUUACGCCAAAAGACACAAGAUAGCCAACGGUUUUAAAUUAGGUCUAAAUCAUUCCUUGGAACACUAUCCUCAAGAAGAUCAAAAAUCAAUUGAUUACCUUCAAAAAGCCUUACAUUGUUGCGGUAUCUCCAACUAUACAGAUUGGUUUGAUACCCCCUUUGGCUUUAAUAACACUGUUCCAUUAAGCUGUUGUUCAAUAUCUCCCAAUGAUUGCAUGCAUUCAUCGCUACCAGACGAUUCUACGAUAGUGGGCCAAAACAUUUAUACCCAGGGCUGUCACGACAAAGUGAUUAAGUUUGUAAAUGAUCAUAUGGCUGCAAUUGGCGCAACGGAAUUAUCUAUAGCAUUUUUCAACAUUCUUGGACUCCUUUUAAGCUAUUAUUUGGCCAAAACUGCCCUUAAAGCUGAAUAUGAAAACCUGGAUACCGAUAAUAAUUGAGAUUAAACCAAUUUAAGAAAUCAUGAUAAUAAUUUUAUUUUGAAUUUUAUGUUUAUACAAUUACUGUUAUAAAUAUAAUUGAUUUAUUCAAUAUAUCAUUUACAUUUUAUAAUAUUUAA